UUUAAAAACGGUUUCAUUUCCGGUAUCGCCCGAAGAAAUUUGAAAAUGGCCGCUCCCUCCCUGAAGCCGCCAGAAAGAGCGGCUGGAAGAAGUGAAUUUCGUAACCAGAAGCCGAAGUCUGAGAACCAAGAUGAAUCAGAACUCCUCACUGUUCCUGAUGGUUGGAAGGAGCCAACUUUUUCCAAAGAGGACAAUCCCAGAGGACUCUUGGAAGAAAGCAGUUUUGCAACUUUGUUCCCAAAAUAUAGGGAAGCUUACUUGAAAGAGUGUUGGCCAUUGGUGCAGAAAGCCUUGAAUGAACAUCAUGUUAAUGCAACCCUGGACCUGAUUGAGGGCAGCAUGACUGUUUGUACUACAAAGAAGACUUUUGAUCCAUAUAUCAUCAUUAGGGCCAGAGAUCUAAUAAAACUAUUAGCAAGGAGUGUUUCAUUUGAACAGGCAGUGCGAAUUCUUCAGGAUGAUAUUGCAUGUGACAUAAUUAAAAUAGGUUCUUUAGUAAGAAAUAAAGAAAGAUUUGUAAAAAGAAGACAACGGCUUAUUGGUCCCAAAGGAUCUACAUUGAAGGCCUUGGAACUCUUAACGAACUGUUACAUUAUGGUUCAGGGAAACACAGUUUCAGCUAUUGGACCUUUUAGUGGCUUAAAGGAGGUUCGAAAAGUAGUUCUAGAUACUAUGAAGAAUAUUCAUCCAAUUUAUAACAUUAAAACUUUAAUGAUUAAAAGAGAGUUGGCAAAAGAUUCUGAAUUGCGAUCACAAAGUUGGGAAAGAUUUUUGCCACAGUUCAAACAUAAAAAUGUGAAUAAACGCAAGGAACCAAAGAAAAAAUCUGUUAAGAAAGAGUAUACACCAUUCCCACCACCGCAGCCGGAAAGUCAGAUUGAUAAAGAGUUGGCUAGUGGGGCAUACUUUUUGAAGGCAAAUCAGAAGAAGCGACAGAAAAUGGAAGCAAUAAAGGCGAAACAGGCAGAAGCUCUCAGUAAGAGACAGGAGGAAAGAAACAAAGCUUUUAUUCCACCUAAAGAAAAACCAGUUGUGAAACCUAAGGAAGCUUCUACUGAAACUAAAAUUGAUGUGGCUACCAUCAAGGAAAAGAUUAAGAAAUCAAAGAAUAAGAAACUGGGCGCUCUUACAGCUGAAGAAGUUAAGCUUAAGAUGGAAGCAGAUGAAAAGAAAAAGAAGAAAAAAAAGUAAUUUACAAGAAAACCCACUGACUAGAACUAUGAAGCUAUCUCCUUUUGUAAAGGAUUUUGAGAUACCAGGGCAUUAGUUGCCUUAUCUGUAAAAAAUAAUACUUUGUUCACCUUUUUUGGAAUUCUUUUUGUUCAUAGAACAGUAUUCUUUAUAAAUUAUUGUAGUCUCCAUAUAUUUUUUGAAAAAUUCUGUGCUAGAAUGUGGUAUGUGUGUCUUUGUAUAUGUUGCACCUAAUUAGUCCCAGGCAGGCUUUGCCUAAGCAUGAUUUUGAGAGUAAAUUUCUAGGUUUAUUAUAUAGAGAUUAUUGGAAUUGUGACCACUGUGAUUAUCCAUUAAAUCCAAUGUCUGAUGUCAUUGGUUAGUCUUUAAAUAUGAUUUCCAAGCAUUUGUUUAGAGGAAAAUAAAUGCCAACUUUUCAGUG